ACUACCUCCACUGAGGAGCAGAGCGUGAGCAGCACACAUGCAGCCCUGUCCCCCUCUCUCUCUAUUUCUGCCACACACACACACACGCACACACACACACACGCCCAGAGAGGAACCAUGUGAGGACCUGGGACGGACCAGUAGCUGAGGUGCACACACAUACCUUCCAGGAGAGUGAGGACCCAGUAGGAUGAAGACAAAGAGUGAAGACAUCAGAGUUGGACAGGCUGAGGACUGGGUGGUGAAGAUAGACAGACAGACAGAUAGAGAUGUGUGACUGAGCUGCUGCUUCCCACCUGUCAGAGAAGUUUGAAGGAGUGCUGCUCUCAUGGCGGGACCGACCACACAGGAGCCCUUGAAGACCCAGCAGAAGUGCAUCGCCAUCUUUGCCCUUCUCUGCUGCUUUGCUGUGCUGGUGGCACUGAUCUUUUCAUCAGUCGACAUUUGGGGGGACGAUGAGGAUGGUAUCACAGAGGAAAACUGUAGCAGAGAUUGCCGCAUCAAUCUCGUGGAGAACAUUCCAGACGACCUCUCCCUCCCCGUGGAUGGCAGACACCACCUCUCUCUCUCUGUUGGCUUUCAAACACUGUUGGACCAGGCUAAGCACUCGGUUGAGGUGGUGUCACCUGUCUGGGACUUAAACCCCUGGGACCUGGAGACAAUGCCAAGCACUGCCAAACAGGGUCAGCUUUUGUUCCAGAGACUGCUCAGCCUGAAAUCUCGUGGGGUUAAACUGAAGAUUGCCAGCAGUCUGACUAACUCUGCUGAACUGAAGACCUUGGCAGCACACACUGCAGUGGUUCAUUUUAUUAAUAUGACAGCUUUUACCAGAGGAGGACUACAUUCCUCAUUCUGGAUAGUGGAUCGGAAGCACAUUUACAUCGGGAGCGCCGAUAUGGAUUGGAGGUCACUAUCCAAGAGGAAAGAACUGGGGGUGGUGGUGUAUAACUGCAGCUGCCUGGCUCUGGACCUCCACCGAGUCUUUUCAUUUUACUGGCAGCUACACGAGAGGGACUACAUCCCCUCCAUCUGGUCGAAGAGAGUUACAGCCCUCUACGGGAGGCACGACGCCCUGGAGCUGCAGCUCAACACGACCCAGGCUACUGCUUAUGUGUCUACCUCUCCUGAACUCUUCUGCUCUAAAGAUCGCACCAGAGAUGUAGAUGCCAUUUAUCAAGUCAUCCAAAGUGCAAAGACGUUUAUCUUCAUAUCUGUGACAGACUACCUCCCUCUGGUCAACAGGCGUUUCAGAGGAACCUCAGUCACAAGGUACUGGUCGGCUAUUGAUGAGGUGAUCAGAGAGGCGGUGGUUCUGAGAGGAGUCAGAGUCCGCCUGCUGAUAAGCUUCUGGAAGAAGACUCACCCUCUCACCUUUAACUUCGUCGCCUCCCUCAAGUCGCUCUGCAUGCAGCUGCUCAACUGUUCACUAGAGGUGAAGUUUUUUAGUCACAAGGAGCAAAAGGAUGAUAUUCAACAUGGCCUCAACCACAACAAGUACAUGGUGACCGAUAAUGCUGUCUACAUCGGUAACCAUGACUGGGUUGGCAGUGACUUUGCCAUUAAUGCAGGAGUUGGGCUGGUGGUUCAGAUGAAAAAUAGUCUUCAAAACAGGGAAGUGACAUUCCUGGAACAUGUCAAGGCUGCCUUCGAAAGAGACUGGAGGUCACGUUAUGCUAAGAGUCUGCAAGGAAACAAAGAUCAACAGGGAAAAUACAGAAGCCUGCAACAAUCCAAAAAAUGAAAACGAGUGGAACAACCCUUUAUCUUUAUAAGCACAGAAUGUCUUUCUAUAUCCUAAAGUCUCAAAAGCCUGAAUACUAUAGAUUAUAUAACACAUUAUUUACACAGUAUGAGAAUGUGACUUGACUUUGAUUUUGUGAUGUUAUUUUAAUAGAUUGAAUUACAAUCAAUAAAGACAACGUUGAGCUAAUAAUUUAUAUGCACCACAGUUGCAAGUUACAGUAAUAGUAUCUGAUUGCCUAAUUAAUUGUUGACUGUUAUAUAAGCAUGUUAUGCUGCAUGAAUAUUGAAAUCAAUAUUCAAAUUCAAACUAUAUACUUGGAGAAGCAAUAUGCUAAUUAUCAAAUACGCUCUAUGUUACACAUUUAAAUCCAUAAACAUAUCCUGUCGAACUCACCACAACAAAUCACAUUUAGCAUUUAUUAAUGAUGCACUAUUUUUGUUUACCAUUUUAAUAUGUAUUUUAUAAACUUUUGAAUACUUUUGGAUUUGCAUAGCCUUUAGUACUUUAACUCCAUAUUGCCUCUAAUUUUAAUAAAUCAAUUUCUUCACACACACACACACACGAGAGAGAGAGAGAGAGAGAGAGAGAGAGAGAGAAGCUUAUGCUGUAGUUUUACAGAUGUGACAACAGCUGUUUAUCAUCUCAUUGAAAAUUCUCAUCUGAAUAAAAUGUACUUUUUUUCAAA